AUGGCUACAAUAACGUCUGGUGCUGGAAGCUCUGGGCGAGAGGACUCUCGGUCCUCUUCCUCCACGAACUCGCCCGCCCCAGCCGACAACGAAGAGUCCGACUUCUUCCUCGGUGCCAACGACUCCCAGUCCUCGCUCGGCGUCCCCAACUUCCAAGACAUGCAAGUCGACGACUCGUGCUGGCCGCCCGUCAACCGGCUGCCCAACGAAAUCCUCAUCGGCGUCUUCUCCAAGCUGAGCUCCACCUCGGACCUGUACCACUGCAUGCUCGUGUCCAAGCGAUGGGCUAGAAACGCUGUUGACUUGCUGUGGCAUCGGCCCGCAUGCUCCAACUGGAAGAACCACCACAGCAUUUGUCAGACGCUCGGUCUGGAGCACCCAUAUUUCCACUAUCGCGACUUCAUCAAGCGCCUCAACCUCGCCGCCCUGGCCGACAAGGUCAACGAUGGCAGCGUCAUGCCCCUCUCCGUCUGCACCAGGGUCGAGCGCCUGACGUUGACCAACUGUCGAGGUCUGACCGACACUGGUCUCAUUGCCCUCGUCGAGAACAGCUCGUCACUGCUGGCCCUGGAUAUUUCCAACGACAAGCACAUUACCGAGCGCUCCAUUAAUGCCAUUGCAACCCACUGCAAGCGUCUGCAGGGCCUCAACAUCUCGGGCUGCGAGAACAUCUCCAACGAAAGCAUGCUUAUCCUCGCCCAGAGCUGCAGAUAUAUCAAGAGACUUAAAUUGAACGAAUGUGUUCAACUGCGUGACAACGCUGUGCUUGCCUUUGCGGAGCACUGCCCAAACAUCCUGGAAAUCGAUCUCCACCAGUGCGUCCAGAUCGGAAAUGGCCCCAUCACUUCUCUCCUGUCCAAGGGAAACAGUCUCCGCGAGCUCAGAUUGGCCAACUGCGAGCUGAUUGACGACGACGCCUUCCUCUCCCUGCCGCCGACCCAGGUUUAUGAGCACCUGCGGAUCCUCGAUUUGACGUCUUGCAGCCGCCUCACCGACGCCGCCGUUGGCAAGAUUAUCGACGCUGCCCCUCGCCUGCGAAACCUGCUUCUCUCCAAGUGCCGCAACAUCACGGAUGCCGCCAUCCACUCCAUUGCCAAGCUGGGCAAGAACCUCCACUAUGUUCACCUCGGCCACUGCAGCCAGAUUACCGAUGAAGGGGUCAUUCGCCUAGUGCGAAGCUGCAACCGCAUCCGCUAUAUUGAUCUGGGAUGCUGCACACUCCUCACUGAUGCGUCCGUCAGAUGCCUCGCCGGGCUGCCCAAGCUCAAGCGCAUUGGCUUGGUCAAGUGUAGCAGUAUUACAGACGAAUCCGUCUUUGCGCUUGCCGAGGCGGCAUAUCGUCCGCGGGUCAGGAGAGACGCCAACGGAAUGUUUUUGGGCGGCGAGUAUUUCGCCCCAAGCUUGGAGCGAGUCCAUCUCAGCUACUGCGUGAACCUGACUCUUAAGAGCAUCAUGAGGCUACUUAACUCGUGCCCCCGUCUUACCCAUCUCAGCUUGACUGGAGUGGCGGCAUUCCAACGAGACGAAUUCCAGCCCUUUUGCAGAGCAGCACCAGCUGAGUUUACGCAGCAUCAGCGGGACGUCUUUUGUGUGUUUUCUGGAAACAUGGUGUCCAAAUUCCGCGAGUACCUGAACACUGCACCGCAAUUCGAAGACCUCCGAGACAGCUUCUAUCAACGACAUGCCGGCCGCAUGCUGAGAGCAGGGCAGCGCCGAGCCGGCGGAAUACCCCCAAUUCAAACCACCGAAGGCGAGGGCUUUGACGAUGACAUGGCCUACGAAGAUAAUGACUUUGAGGGAUUGGACGCAAGUGAAAUGGUUGUAGACGUGCAGGCUCAGAAUCUGCCUUUCCACCUGCAGCCUCAGCAAGCCCCUGGUGAUGCCAAUCAGGUGCCUCCCGUACCUCCUCCGAUCGAGCCGCCUACCAUCAACUCUUCGUCCAAUUUUCUCACCAACAUGCUUACCCAGCAAUACGGGCCAGCUGCUGCAGCAGAGCUUUUUGACGAGACAACAGGCACUAUCAGAACUAGAUCGUUCCCCAACUUUGUCGUUCCCUUGAGCUCCGCCAGCAUGGUGGUUCCUAAUGCUCAGAGUUUCCAUGCUAGCAUCGCGGGCCUAUCGCAGCCCUCUGUUUCUCGACAGGGCAAUUCAGCAACGGCAGGGCCCUCUACAGGUGCUAGCACGGUGACUAUGCAUCAGCCACCGAGCACGACGCCAGACCAGCAACCGCAGCAACAACAGCCGCCGCCGCAGCAGCAGCAGCAAGGCGACGCCAACUGA